GCCCCCGCCCCGCUCUGGAUGCCCAUCGCGGCUGCUCCGGCCGGGGGGUGGCUGCAGCUCCGCGGCGCGGGGCGAGGGCCAGGAUGCCGGUGCUGGAGCGCUUCUUCCCCGCGGCAGAGCCGGGCAGGCGGAGGAGGACGGGGGAAGAGCCGAUGCCCUUUCCCAUGGGCAGCCUGCCCGGUUAUCAGCAGGGAACCCUGGCCUGGGAUUUGCCCGAGAUGAUUAAGAUGGUAAAGCUCGUUUGGAAAUCCAAGGGAGAGCUCCGCGGGGCGAAGCACAGAGGGGUUCUGGAGAGCGAGGAUGCCCUGGGCGGUUCUGCAGGAGAUGCACGGGUGAGAGGUCAGACAGGAGUUCUCUCCGAGCGCCGUGGCUCCUACCCAUUUAUAGACUUCCGUCUUCUUAACAAUACUACACUCUCAGGGGAAAUCGGCACCAAGAAAAAAGUGAAAAGACUGUUAAGUUUCCAGAGGUAUUUCCAUGCAUCCAGGUUACUGCGUGGAAUUGUACCACAAGCCUCUCUGUACCUACUGGAUGAGGACUACCUUGGGCAAGCAAGGCAUAUGCUAUCCAAAGUGGGAAUGUGGGAUUUUGACAUUUUCUUGUUUGACCGCUUGACAAAUGGAAACAGUCUCGUAACACUGCUUUGUCACCUCUUCAAUGUGCAUGGACUUAUUCACCAUUUCCAGUUAGACAUGGUUACAUUACACAGGUUUUUAGUUAUGGUUCAAGAAGAUUACCAUAGCCAAAACCCAUACCACAAUGCUGUCCAUGCUGCUGAUGUCACACAAGCUAUGCACUGCUAUCUGAGGGAGCCUAAGCUUGCCAGCUUCCUCACGCCGUCGGACAUCAUGCUGGGACUGCUGGCUGCUGCGGCCCAUGACGUGGAUCACCCAGGGGUCAACCAGCCCUUUCUGAUUAAAACAAAACACCACCUUGCCAGCCUGUACCAGAACGUCUCAGUGCUGGAAAACCAUCACUGGCGAUCUACGAUAGGCAUGCUGCGAGAGUCACGGCUCCUCGCCCAUCUGCCCAAGGAGGUGACACAGGACAUCGAGCAGCAGUUGGGCUCCCUGAUCUUGGCAACAGACAUCAACAGGCAGAAUGAGUUUUUGAUCCGUUUGAAAUCUCACCUUGACAAUCAGGACUUGAGGCUGGAGGAUGCACAAGACAGACAUUUUAUGCUUCAGAUUGCACUCAAGUGUGCUGACAUUUGCAACCCUUGCCGGCUCUGGGAUCUGAGCAAACAGUGGAGUGAACGGGUCUGCGAAGAGUUUUAUCGGCAAGGUGAUCUAGAACAAAAAUUUGAACUGGAAAUAAGCCCCCUUUGUAAUCAGCAGAAGGAUACAAUACCAAGCAUACAGAUUGGGUUCAUGACAUACAUCGUUGAGCCACUCUUUGAGAGGUGGGCCCAGUUUACAGGCGAUACUCCCCUAUCUGAAAAUAUGCUAAACCAUCUCAGGAGGAACAAGGCCAAGUGGAGAAGCUUGCUCCACAAGCAACACAGCAGUAGUAGGAGCAAUGACCACUCAGGUCAAGUGACUGGCAGCCAGGAACAGACUUUAAAUGAAGAAGAGACUCCUUAGUGGCAGCUUUGUACUUUUCCUUACAGUACUGCUAUCUCCGUCUUGGUCACAGCAGCAAGAAAGAUCCCGAGUAGCCAGGAGCCUGUUGUCGAGACCGUGCAAAGGGAAGAAACGGCAAAGCAGAAGCUGUAAGGGUCCUCACCAACAAGCCCAAGGUUCUGCUGGCUUGCUUUCUGAUCCUCACGUUCCGUUCCUCUCCCCUCUCUUCGUCCUGCGCAUGCCUGAUGUUGUCCGUCGCUCCUGAUCGCGAACUGUCCGAAUGCGGAGUCCCAGUCAGCAGCAGUUACGGCUGCCGUGAAGCAGGGAGGGUUCCUCAGAGACAGGGGAGACAGAGAGGCACUCUUGGUGAUAUAUUCAUUUCCCACAAGUCAUACUGUGACAUAUGUAUAUAGGCCCAGAGCACCACACCUGCUCCAGGCUGGCAGCUGGGCUGCACAUUAAACCACCAGCAUCUUCGGCAUCCAGAGGACACAGGCUGACAGACGGUGCUCACAGAGGGCAGAGAGAGUCUGGUUGUUUUAGUAAUUAAAACAAAAACCUUUUUAACUUUUGUAUUCUGUGCACUAAACAACAGAUCUUAAAACCUUGGACUGAAGUUACUCUCUGUAUACACGCCUCCGGUGUAACAAGGCUCAUUUUGGUAAUCAUUUUUAUGCCACUUUGGAUAAAAGACGGGGCAUCUUCUCAUUGCAAGGAAGAGUAUUCCCUUGCAACCAAAAGGGAAGGUGUAGUACAGUCUAAACCUUUGAAACACGAACAGAUCUAUCUUUUGAGUACUGUUUCAAGUAACCUGUUUAUAUUCAUAUGUGUACAUUUUCUGUAAAUACAAAGCGCUACUGAUUCCCAUGCCAAAAUACUGGAGUACUGUGGGAUUGCUACCUGUAAAAACAUUGGCACUGUGAACAGAAUACUGUUAGUUUUAAUACAAGAGAAAGCAUUUGUAAAUAUGGUAUAGAGUUUAUUAAUAUACACCAUUGUUUGUGGAUAAAAGCCUUAACUUUUAGCAUCCUUCAUAGCUGCCAAAAUCAUAUGAUUACAAGAUGCGAUUCUGAACUGCCUUUCCACUAUCCAAGGUGUAUCAAAGGUCAUUAAGGAAUGAAGUCUGGCAGGAUAACUUCUUGAAAACUUCAAACACAUUCCAUAUGGGUCCGUGUUGUUAAUCCAUGGCACCUUGCACAUUUGGUCUAGGCAAAUGUCUCACAGAGCCUGAAGUUUUAAGUUAAAAAAAAAAAAACAAACAGGCCCCACAGCAACACCACAUGAUUUGACAGCUCAACCUGAUUACCAUUCAUUCAAGAGUGUGAAUUUUUACUAAAUAGCUUAGUGGUCUACAAAGCACGGCAUUCAGUAGUUCUGGACGCCAGUUGUUUUCUCAAGAGAUGUUGCAGUGUAGCUCUUAACUGUCAUAGUUGCUGAGGAAUUCUCUAUGAUCUUGUGUUUGUGAAAGAUACAUGGCCUUAACUAUGCCAUAAACAACCUCAGUUUGGAAAGUCUUUAUAAAACUUAAGCUUCCAUCAUUUCAAUGAGAUUGUAUUCUCAAGUGAUUGUCCCCUUCUCUUCUGCCCCAAGUAAAAAUAACUGCACUCAGGUGAAGCAUAGUGUUGUAAACCCCCAGUACAUCAAAUCUGUGUAGCUGUUUUCCAAAAGAACUAAAAGGUAUGGCCAUAUAAUCAUGUUUGGAUGUGAAUACCUUGAAGAGGCCAACAAAGAAAGAGCUGUUUAAGCUGGUGUUUGAGAAAGAUAUUUAUAUCAUAAAUAUUUAUAUCGUCAAAGUGCAAGGGGAGAUAGAUUUCUCUCAAUUACAGGGGAUAUUGACUUGAUAAGAGAAAGUUCAUGCUCAUAAGGUGACUAAUAUGUUUAAAGGAAAAUAAAAAGCAUAAGUUUUAGCAAAGGAUGGUUUACUCUACUAAUUCUUUGUAUGUAUCUUCAGAGAAAGAAGCUGAAAUCCAGUGAAGUAGGAAGGUGGAAAACACUGUGAGAACACAAAGCACUCCAAGAAUGAUGUUUUUCUUCCCCCUAUACUGUUAUAUAAGGUAUAAUCAGUAGAAAAUCUUUUUCCCACUUCUAAAUGAGACUCACAUAUUAGAAGGACCACAGCAAGCAAAGAGAGAGACAGAGAGUUGUAAUAUAAUUAAAUUGUUUCUAACUACAGGACAUAAUUUCUUCUUAACCACCUGAUGGUGGGGGCAGAAGCAUCACCGUUUUGCAGCUUUUUAGAUGUCUCUAUCCUUCUGACAGAUUUAGGACAAUUAUUAGGACAUUACACAAGCAGUGUAAUUUGCUGCUUAGAAGCACUUAAGUACAUACAAAAGGCUAUAAUUUCCCUUGUUUUGUCUUUUUACUAAGAAACGAAAGCCCUUCUAGUUCAGAGAAAUUUUUUACAAUGUUCUGAAAUUUAGUUAAACAAACACGGUGUCUAGCAGCAUAAAAAGCUCUUGACAGAGACACUGUUGAGCUGUUUCUGAAGAGCUUCCAGAAAAUAGGUCCAGCAGUUACAGCUGCAUGAAACUCAAGCUCUUUUCUACAAGUGGAGCCUACAGAGUCCAUUACAAGUUUGCUCUUACCAAGCUAAAACUUUUCAACUUUAAAAAGGUGCUCUGAAAAUUGUGGGAAAUUUUGGCACACUGAUUUGCUAGAUUUCAUACUUGCUGGAUUUCAAUCACCUUGUCUAAUGAAACAGUGCUUGAAAUAGGUUCAGGGUGGCUCCAGCAAUGCUUCUGUGCUUGUGAGUCAAAGCCAUUUACACAAAUUUGGGUCUAGCCAGUUUGCCUCAGGUGUUCCAGACAGAGGUGUGCUGAAAAGUUAGGCUCUGGCAGCAAAUUCCUGGCACCCAAAUUCACUGGGGUCUGUGAUGCAAAGUGCUACCAUCUGAUUUCCCUUAGGAGCCAAACAAUGACCGAUAACAGCUGAUCCAACAGCGCCAGUGUUCAGUAUACGUGGUUGUGAUACACUCUUGGUAUUCUGUAGUUCGGAGGGCAUUUCUGCAGCGGGUUUUCUCCCCAGGAUGCCAACAGAAAGCUGAUGCACAGAAUGGAAAAACUAUGCAGAUAAUUCAGAUUUCUGUGUUGUCAGCCCUAUCAGCCACUUUAGAGAAAGCCUUUGUGCGUUAUUUUUCCUUCUUACUGGGCCAGUGCAGGCAACAGAUUUUGAAGUUUCUUUAAAACUGAGUUAAGGUUUUCAUGUAUGGAAAGAAAAAGAAAACUACUAGAAGCAGGAGGUCAAAAUGUUUUUAUGACCCACAACUGCAAUUUGUUUGAUUAAAAUCUAGAUUCUUUAAAUGAAGAUUUCAUACCAUCAAAGAAGAAAUUUGUAUAAUUAACAACAAUAAUAAGUGAUGAUAAGUGAUAAGUGAAAAUUUUAGGUUGGUUAAAAUAAUGCAUACAUAUGCAUUGUCGAUAAGUAAAGAUUUUACCUACCUUUAGGUUUUUAAGUGUCAAUAGUCCAGCCACCAGCCAAAUGGGGAAUAAAAGGACUUUUAAAAACAUGUACCUUUGGAAUAAAGGAACAGAGAGAGGAGUAGCUGAAAUGAAGUAGAGUCUAUGGAGGAAAAAGAAAAAACCAAAACACAUGAUCUGCAGUUGUAUCUAACCUAAUCUACAACACAGGUCAAUUAUUUUUGUAUAAACUUGUGAUUUUCCUGAAGAAAACCAAGGCCUCCCCGAUGAUUAACAGUAGAGAAGGCUGCUACCACAGUAAAUAAGAUAAGCCCAUUGUUACACUGCAUAGCUAUCCUACCAGCUUUUCCAGUCUGUGGUUGAAAUUUCUGUUAGAAGUGUCUGUCAAAUUAGACACAAAAUACACACCAGCCCUUCCAAAUGGAUUCUCCUAAGAAACGAGAAACACUCAAGUAGUUACAAUUUUAUUUUCAGAUACCAGCCAUAAUUUAUAGCCUGAUUAUUUUAGGUCACUCAGCUGAGUUGUCCAUAAAGUAUGCCCAUUCCUCUCCUGAUACCACCACCCCCCACUUAUGGCCCACAAAAAUCAAUAAUUUUUAGAUUUGAAUUAAGAUCCUGCAAAUCCAAAAAAAGCCACCCUGAUCAGAAACAAAACUGCAAGACAAAUUUCAUGCCAUGAAUAUGUAUUCAAAUUACUUUGAUUGGUGCAAACUGUUACUCUAUUAUUUGUUUCUAUGAUCCAUCCAAUAUUUUAGGUACAUAAACUUUUAAGUGCAGAGCGUAAGUUUGACUUGGAUGUAAAAUAUAUUCUGCUUAUCUUUGAAUUCAAGAUUGUAUAUGUCAUGUUUAUUGUAAAGCAUUUUAUAUAUACAUAUUCACAUAUCUUAUACAACUCUUUGGGCCAAACACUGGUCCCCCCAACUUCACUGGGACCAAGAAUCAGCCCCCGUAUGUGCGUAUAUAUGCCAUAUGCAUCAUUCUGAAAGGAAGCACUAGGUUGUGUGAAAAUGCUGUGACUGCUAUGCAGUGAUGCCAAGAGACUUAACUGUAUCUUUUUUAACAUACUGCUGUAAGUAUUCAUCAUGUCAAAGAAUGACAACUAAUAAAAAAAAAAAAAAUGAAGUGUCUCAAAUUUUUU